GUCAUCCAAGGUGUUUUACAUUAAUAUCAUGGUAUUUGAUGUAUAUUAGUUGCGUCAUACUCCACAUUGAAAAGUUAAUAAUAAACCUAGACAUUUCACACAUUGGGAACAAGUCCAACCCCUUCCGGCCCAAAAAUUUGACAUCUCAGGUUACAAGACCAACACGCUAGUCUGCAUCCUGGUAUUAGGUUGGUUCCUCCGCAAUGGGACACAACUCUGGAAUGAAAGAGGAUUGACCGUCACGAGCCAGAUCAGUAAAAGGCUGCAUAUUUCUGUAAAAUGGACAACAAGUUCGAGGAAGAGACAGAGUUUGGAGGUGGGAGCCUCUCUGGCCACACGAAGAGGAUCAUCCACUUUUCCAGUGGCGAGACUCUGGAAGAGGAAGAGGAGCGCGAAGAAGAGGAGGUCCCAACAAAUGGAGAAGCCUUCACAGGGGCAGCUGAAAAGGGCAAGUUCUCAUGGAUAAACUUUGUCAUUCUAGUUGGGAGGAUGUCGCUGCGCACUUGCGACUUUCUUGGAGAAAAACUAUCUGGUCUACUGGGACUCAAUGCAGCCAAAUAUCAGUAUGCCAUAGAUCAGUACCAUCGUGAGCACAAGAUAAAAAGCAGUCCAGACACUGAAGAGGGUCUCGCUGAAGGAGGGGCGGAGAGAACACACCUCUCAUCCAGGGAGAGGAAAGAAUAUGGGGCGACUCAGUCACCCAGGACCCCCUCCUGCUUUGAUCAGAAGGCGGAGGGACAAAAUCAAGGAUUGCAUAACCAAGGAUACCAGGAAGAUAUCGAUAACUUCAAAUUAUCAUUGUAUUGAAGAUCAAACUGUCGAAGACAAAAUGGUUGAUUAAGGGAACAACAUGAGCAAUAUGAUCAUCUGAAGCAUUUUACAAUGGAGUUCACAGUGGGUUUUGUGAAGUUUUGUGACCAUCGGUUGGAGUGUUUAGUACAAACAUACCCAAAUAAAUCCUGGAAAAUUGAACAGAUAGAGUAUGGCAUUGCUAAAACAUACAUUUUGGGAUAUAGGUGAUUUAAUGGAAGUGUCUGAAGAUGUUUGAUGAGUGGUUAUUGUAAAGCUGUUACUGCUUGUUGUCUCUGCCCGACACCGAUUCUCUACCCUGGAAGAGGGAUCCCUCCUCUGAUGCUCUUCCUAAUGUUUAUUCAUUUUUUUUCCACCAGAUUUUUUUUUGUGGUGGGGGGGGGGGCAUUUUCCCUCUUCUGAAUCGAAGGGUGUUGUUGUGCAUUAUUUGGCACCUACUGUAUUUUCAUCUGUUGAAGAAUGUAAUGUGAUUGUAUUGUUAAGCUCUCUGGAACAGAGUUGUGAUUUGGAGCUACGUAUACAAAUAAAAAUUUGACUGA